AUGGGUACGACGACCGACAGGCAGAUAGCAGCAUCUCGUCGUGGAGAAUUCGGUGAAUCCAAUUUGGCAAUGAAGCUGGAGACGCAAGUAAAUGAACAACGACAACGAGGAAAUGAUGGAGACAUGGAAAAUAACGAUGAAUCAACGGAAUUAAGUAAUAUCGAAGGACUGAUUGAACAUUGUUCGAAUCUGAUUGAAGCCAAAUAUCUGAUGCAACAUCUGUUCAACGCCUGUCUAGAACAUGCUGUUGCCGCUGCUAAAGCUGAUUCACAUAAUAAGGAGAACAAGUCAGAACAUUACGAAGCAGGCCCACAGCUGCUGCUCAGUGGCUUUAUGACUGCCUACACUGGUAGCUUACAGCAUUUAGGUAACGACUUUUGGAUGUAA